CGCCCCCCGCCCCGCCGCGCCAGCUCGCCCGGCACCACAUCGGCUACGAGAUCUUCGCCGACUUCAAAGCCGAGAACAUGCAGCACUUCUGGAACAAGAGGGUCACGGCCGCGGUGGCCGAGACCUUCUUCCUGGGCUGGAUCGACGAGCAGGUCCUGCUGAUCCAGGGCAAGGAGGAGCACCUGGAGGCGCUGCGCGAGGGCUGGACGCGCCGGGCGCUGCGGCCGCCCUCGGGCUUCCACAUCCGCUGCCUCGGGAGUUCCCAUGGUCCAGUUGAAUAUUUUGGUGCUGAAAAAUGUCUGCAGGAAAGCAACAGUGGAUUUCUUAGAAAAACAAACCCGUGAACUCAUUUCUCUCUUUAGGCUGCCUGACAUUUGUAGGUGAGUGAAACCAAGGCGAACAAUUGCUUUAUUUUACUAUAAAAGCAGCAGUUUUACUCACUUAAUCUUCUUGUAUUUGAAGUCUUUUUUUUUUUUUUUAAAUAAAACUGG